AUGGAACGCAAACGGCACGAAAAGUAUAUUCCUCGCUACUCCUUGAAUUUUGAAGCGUCCGGUCUGAGCAUCAUCAGAACCAGUUUUGAGCGACCGGUUCCAGAAAACAUAUCACUUACGUGGACGGUUCAUGAUAUUCUUGGAUAUACUUCGCCACUACCGGCCUCUGUCCAUCCAUCAUGGUACCUCCUAUACCAACAGAUUGUCAUCUACACUACAUCCACUUGCAAAGCUCAAGAACAGACAGAUGCAAUGAGCGGCAUCAGCCAAUCAGACUAUACUAGAAAGACUGCACUUUUCAAACUGCCAGAUAAAGGCGACUACAGCUUGGGUGCCGAACCGCCUUCUGCAUCCAACCGUCUAACAUACAAUACCGAUGACGCUUCUACUCUGGAGCGGUUCAGAAUCCGCGAGCUCUGCGAAGGCUGGCCUCUUCACCGCGAUGCCUGCGAAUGGUCUGAUCUGAGGGAAAUAUUUGAUCCCAAGGCCUUCAUAAAUAUCAGCUGGCAGCAAAACUACCGGGACAAGGCCAUUGAUACUUGGGCUGAAGGAUGGGCGAAGAGUGAAUUCAUUUGCCAUCGGGUUCUGGGUCACGCCGUAGAUAUCAAGGGUGAUCGUGCCAUCGAUAAAAUGAAGUGUACGAUCUCCUGCCGGUUUGCGGAUGAGAACGGGGUUGAAUGGGAUAGCGACUGUGACUGUUGA